AUGGCGUCUACACAAUGUUUCUUGCACCACCAAUAUGCUAUUACAACUCCAACUAGAACCUUAUCUCAACGCCAAGUAGUUACCACCAAACCAAACCAUAUUGUCUGCAAGGCACAGAAACAAGAUGAUGUUGUUGAUGCUGUUGUUUCUCGUAGGUUAGCACUUUCUGUUCUCAUUGGUGCUGCUGCUGUUGGCUCCAAGGUUUCACCUGCUGAUGCUGCUUAUGGAGAAGCUGCUAAUGUGUUUGGAAAGGCAAAGACAAACACAGACUACUUGCCAUACAAUGGAGAUGGAUUCAAACUGUUGGUGCCAGCAAAGUGGAAUCCAAGCAAAGAAAGAGAGUUCCCUGGUCAGGUUCUUAGAUAUGAGGAUAACUUUGAUGCAACAAGCAAUGUUUCGGUUUUAGUCCAAACAACUGAUAAGAAGUCCAUCACUGACUAUGGUUCGCCUGAAGAGUUCCUAUCUAAGGUGGACUAUUUGCUUGGGAAACAAGCCUUCUUUGGACAAACUGAUUCAGAGGGAGGUUUUGACACAAACGCCGUAGCUGUUGCAAACAUCUUAGAGAGCUCAGCACCAGUGAUUGGAGGAAAACAGUAUUACAACAUUUCGGUAUUGACAAGGACUGCUGAUGGAGAUGAAGGUGGAAAGCAUCAGCUGAUUACAGCAACUGUAAAUGAUGGAAAGCUAUACAUCUGCAAGGCUCAAGCUGGUGACAAGAGGUGGUUUAAGGGAGCAAGAAAGUUUGUGGAGGACACUGCAAGUUCUUUCAGUGUUGCAUGA